AUGGCAGUGUUCCAGAGGAACUUGUUAAUUACCAUGAAUGUUGUUUCACAGGUAGAAGCACCUGAGGAGAAAACAGUAGAUCGAGAAAAGGUCUGUCCCCUUCUUCUCCGCAUAUUUUGUGCAAAUGGACGUCAUAACCCCAUAGCUGAGUACGGGAAAGGGAAUACUCCAGCGAACGAACUACAGAUAUACACGUGGAUGGAUUGCACAUUGCGGGAGCUUAUGUCUCUGAUUAAGGAGGUGAAUCCUGAUGCUCGUCGUCGAGGGACCGUUUUCGAUUUUGCAAUUGUGACUCCCGACCGUUUUUCGCCUCGUUAUCUUAUGAGGGAAAUAGGGAAUACUAUGAACGGGCAACGUGGUGUAGAUGACAAUAAAACGCUAGCCAACUGCAAGUUCGAGAUAGGCGAUUUUAUUGACGUUGCUAUUACGCUCCCUGGUAUAGGACCAGGACCGAUGAUGCGCCGCGGAAAUGGUCUGAUGCGUGACCGGUCUCCACCAAGAAGGCGGUUUUAG